AUGGACGACGAUGGAUGCUACAGAGACAGCCGCACAGAUUUUAUCCGUGGCGCAAAGGACAUUGCCAAAGUGGCAAAGAAGCAGGUAGGCAAGAAGGUGGGGCGUGGCGUGGACAGAAUGGCGGAUGAGUACACCAGGCGCUCAUAUAAGCGUUUUGAGGAGGAAGAUGAUGAUGAAGAUUAUGCCGGUGUGCCCAGUAACGACGGUGGGUACUACCGCAAUGACAGCCGAGCCAAUGAUGAUGAAGGCCACAGCGACUCCACUGAGGGACACGAUGAGGAUGAUGAGAUCUAUGAGGGCGAGUACCAGGGCAUCCCAAGGGCUGACUCGGGCAAAGCUGGCAGCAUGGACGGGGUGACGGCUAUGCAGGCACAGCAGUUCAGAGAUGUGAAGGCCUAUGAGGGUGAAAGGAGGAAAGACCAGGAGGAGCUAGCUCAGCAGUACGAGACCAUCCUGCAGGAGUGCGGCCAUGGGAAAUUCCAGUGGACACUCUACUUUGUCUUGGGAUUGGCACUGAUGGCAGACGGUGUGGAAAUCUUUGUGGUCGGCUUUGUGCUGCCUAGUGCGGAGAAGGAUAUGUGUCUGUCUGAACCUAACAAGGGGAUGCUGGGUCUGAUUGUGUACUUGGGGAUGAUGGUGGGGGCCUUCGUGUGGGGAGGCCUGGCGGAUCGGAUCGGCCGGCGGCAGACCCUCCUCAUCUCCCUCUCCAUCAACAGUGUGUUUGGUUUCUUCUCGUCCUUUGUCCAGGGCUACAGCUCCUUCCUGUUCUGCCGUCUGGCCUCCGGUGUCGGCAUUGGCGGCUCCAUUCCCAUUGUGUUUUCUUAUUACUCUGAGUUCCUGGCCCAGGAGAAGCGAGGAGAACAUCUUAGCUGGCUCUGCAUGUUCUGGAUGAUUGGUGGUAUCUACGCCUCCGCCAUGGCCUGGGCCAUCAUCCCACACUACGGCUGGAGUUUCCAGAUGGGCUCCGCAUACCAGUUCCACAGCUGGCGUGUCUUCGUGUUGGUGUGUGCCUUCCCAUCAGUGGCGGCCAUCUCUGCCCUCACCACCAUGCCUGAGAGUCCUCGCUUCUACCUGGAGAAUGGAAAACAUGAUGAGGCAUGGAUGAUUCUGAAGCAGGUCCAUGACACCAACAUGAGGGCCAAAGGUUACCCAGAGAGAGUUUUCUCUGUGACCACCAUCAAAACCGUGAAGCAGAUGGAUGAACUGGUGCCCAUAAGUGAGAGCGCCGCCUGGCAUGAGAAAUGGAGGAUAAAACUCACAGCACUCUUCCAUCAGGUGUGGAGUAAUUUCCAGACUGUCUUCUCUCCUGAGUAUCGCCGUACGACCUACAUGAUGAUGGCUGUGUGGUUCUCUAUGUCCUUCAGCUAUUACGGCCUGACAGUGUGGUUCCCUGACAUGAUCAAGUAUCUGCAGAAGCAGGAGUAUGCCUCACGUACAAAGGUCUUUGUCAAGGAGAAAGUAGAACAUGUGACCUUUAACUUCACCCUGGAGAAUCAGGUCCACCGUCAAGGAGAGUACUUCAACGACAAGUUCAUGAAUCUGAAAAUGAGAUCUAUGGUGUUCGAGGACUCAUGGUUUGAGGAGUGUUACUUUGAAGACAUUACCUCCAGCAACACUUUCUUCAAGAACUGCACCUUCAUCGCUACCCUCUUCUAUAACACAGAUCUUUUCAAAUACAGGUUGAUCAACUGCAAACUCAUCAACAGCACUUUCUUGCAUAACAAAGAGGGCUGCCUGCUCAGUGACAUCAGUGAUGAGAACAAUGCCUACAUGGUUUACUUUGUGAGUUUCUUGGGCACCUUGGCUGUGUUGCCAGGCAACAUUGUCUCCGCGCUGCUCAUGGACAAGAUUGGACGGCUGAGGAUGCUAGCGGGUUCCAGUGUGAUUUCUUGCAUCAGCUGUUUUUUCCUGUCCUUUGGAAACAGCGAGUCAGCCAUGAUCGCGCUGCUCUGCCUGUUCGGAGGAAUCAGCAUUGCUUCAUGGAAUUCGCUGGAUGUGCUGACCGUGGAGCUCUACCCUUCUGACAAGAGAACCACAGCAUUCGGAUUCCUCAAUGCUCUCUGCAAAUUAGCGGCUGUGUUGGGCAUUAGCAUCUUCACUUCUUUCGUGGGCAUCACCAAAGCUGUGCCCAUCCUCUUUGCUUCUGGGGCACUGGCGGUAGGCAGUUUCUUGGCCCUCAAACUACCAGAGACGCGGGGUCAAGUGCUGCAAUAGUGCGACACCAGCACCACGGCGAGAGAGGUUUCGCCGCACUGUGAAUGAAAAGCUCAAUAGCCCUCUGAACCCUCCCCUCUAACCACACCCCAUGAUAAUCAAGUUUGUACAGAUAACAUAAUGCAGAUCUGCAAAGAUGUAUAUAUUGUUGGUUGUCUUGUAUUUGGGAUUGAGAUUAUUGAAGUUGAUGACCUGUCAGCAAACAUGUUUCAGAAAGCCUAGAGACAAUUUUGCAAUUGCUGCCAUUAAAAAUGUGAGCACAGCUGAUAUUUUCAUUGACAGCGUGUUUUUUGGCAUACAACAGUAAACUUUAAAUAAAAUUAAAAAAAUCACCUGAGGUUGGAGGUCAGGAUUUAGAGGUUGUUAGUAAUGAGCCAUGCAAAUACACUCAUGGAAAUGGCCAUUAGCCGUUGUUGCAGACUUGUGUCUCUGUUGUCCCGUCUGUUCUCAAGUUUUACGCAGUUGGACAUAGAUCAAAAUGCUACAAUUGAUGCCUUGAUUUGAAGCAUUUUUGACUAUGCUAGA